AUGCUCACCCUUUCUUCUUUGGUGGUUAUUCUAACCAUCAUGUGUUCCUUGGUGCCUGCUGUUACUAUCCGCAACUACGAAGAACGCAAUUGCCGAACUAUCAGGGGUAGAUUUGCGGCAUGUCGGAAUGCCGCUGAGCGUGCGUGCUGCGACAACAGACCAGCGCCCACCUACUCAUCAAGCAAAUUCACCGGUCUGCCACCAACCGCCAUAGGGUCUAUAUGUACUCACCUUCGGGGACAGAACUGUGGCCUCGUCAGGGACAGCGGUCAUGGACUAAGCCUGUGUCUCAACUACCCCAAAUCCCGUGGGGCAUGGUGGUUCGAUUGCCGUAACUGCCGAAGGCCGAAUCAGCAGAUUUCUGACCUGGAUCUGGCCAUGGCACACAAAGCGAACACCUCAGUCGAACCGGACAUGAUCGGCUUUGAUGGACACGAGUUUAGCAUCAACGAGUCUACACCGAAGGGUAUACGGGAUACGCUUCUUGCUUACUUUGACUCCGACACAACCUAUGCCGAUAUACCCGAGGAAUAUCGAAUCUACGAAGUAACUUUUCGUUGGGGUUUUUUGGUUUGGUGGAUAUUGGUCCAAUUUAAUUCAACACCACUCAUAUCCUCAUACCUGACUGACCCCGCUGUGGAAGAUGCUAGCUAUGCAGGUGCUUUACCGUCUGAAGCAGAUCAUAUGGCCCGAAACGCCUCAAAUCCCGCAGUAUACAGACGUAUCAUAUGGAAAAGGCGCCGCGGCGACGUAGGAAGAUAG